GGAAACCCUAGCCCCAUGAAUCUGCCGUCGAUCUGCCAGUGCAAGGCCAUCAUCACUUGCUCGAAUCUGCCCAAAACAAAAUGUCCGAACCCGAGCCGGAGCACGGGCCCGAGGGCCCCGAGCCCGAGCCCAUCCCCCGCUUGCGGCCGUCGUCGUCCUCGGUGCUGGACAGCGACGACCUUCUUCCUGUGGUACUGCGCCGCCUCCCGCCGCGGCCCUCCUCCCUCCCCCGCGCCUCCCUCGUCUGCAGGCGAUGGCGCGACCUCGUCACCUCCAGGGACUUCCUCCGCGAUUUCCGCGAGUUCCACCGCGCGCCGCCGGUCCUCGGCUUAUUCCACAACACCUACCUCGGCGCCCCCGACCGCCGCUUCGUCGCCGCCGUCGACCCGCCUGACCGUGUCCCGGACUCGCUCUUCCGCAUGCCGUGCGGCCGGGACCACCGGAGCUGGAGGUUCCUGGACUGCCGCCACGGCCGGGCGCUCCUCCUCGGCCCGAUGGGCCCCCGCCGCGAGGUCCUCGUUCCUGGUGUGGUUUGAGCUGGGGUUGACAUAUCUCAGGCGGGCUGUUGCUGCCGUCUACUCGUCGGAGUCCGGCGCGUGGAGCCACAUCAUCACCGUGCAGGCGCCUUUCGUGUCUACUGCCAGCAACGCGAGCAAGCCCGGCACGCUUGCCGGCAAUGCCGUCUACUGGUUGAUUCCGGGGAGCCGCGUUCUUGAAUUCGAUGCGGUGACACGCAAUUUAGCUGUGAUAUCGGUGCCAGCAUAUACGGCAGGGUCACUCUACUGGCAAUGCCAGCUUAUGCCGACUGACGCGAAGGAACUUGGGCUCGCCAUGGUGACAGAAAUCAGCAUCAAGCUGUGGAAGAGGGACAGCGGGAACGCCUGUGGAUGGUCGAUGUACAGCGCAGUUCAACUGGAGGGCUGCCUCCCCCCGAGGAAAUGGAUGCAGGAACAGCCGUCGUUGCUGGGGUAUCAUGAGGAAAGCAAUGCAAUUUUUGUGUGGAUUGAGGCUGGCGUGUUCAUGAUCCAGCUCGAGUCGAUGCAGUCAAGGCUGAUGUGCCAAGGUGCCAGUAACUUCGAGAUUUAUCCCUUUGCGGGUUUCUACAACAGAGGUGAUGCCACAGCAGGAGCGCAAGGAGAUGAGGACGUAGACGCCCGCUGGCCUACGGCCAUUGUGGACAUGUGGCACUAUGAGGACCCUCAGGGGGACUCGCACGGGCCAUACUCGAUGGUGAGUCUGCAGCGAUGGAGCGGCAAUGGUUUCUUCGCCGAGGACUUUAGGGUGUGGAGAACCGACGAGACUAAGGAGCAGGCGAUCCUGCUGACCGACGCCAUGCUGAGCCUGAGCCUGGUCUUGGCGAAUUUGAUGCGGACCCCUGCUCGCGGACCUUCUCGCGCGCUGUUGGCGCUUCCCUUUCCCUCCAAAGCAGCCUUCCUUUCUGCCGGCAGUGGCAGCUCCAACCCCUUAUCACUCGCUGAUCGCCGCAGCACAGCGACGAUGUACAGAGCGGCCGCCUCGACGCUCCGCCAUAGCCUCUGCCGCCUCCCCUGCACCACCUCCUCCGCCGCGGCCACCCGCCCGCUCGCUGGGGCCGCCCGCUUCCUCGCCACCUCCUCCGAGCGUCGGCUCCCCGCGCCUGCCUCGUCCCGCCCCCUCGGAGCGGCGGCCGCGCGCGGGAGCUGCUCAGGCGCUGCGGUCACGGAGCGGCCAGCAUCUGCGUGGCGCGGGCUCGCCACCAUGGCGGAUAGUAAUAGCCGCUUCGGUCAUGUCCUGACAAGCCUCCCGAAGCCUGGUGGCGGAGAGUACGGGAAGUACUACAGUUUGCCAGCACUGAAUGAUCCAAGGAUAGAAAGAUUGCCAUACUCUAUACGGUAUCUGCUUGAGUCAGCCAUCCGCAACUGUGACGGUUUUCAGAUCACAGAGAAGGAUGUUGAGAAUAUAAUCGAUUGGGAGAAUACUGCUCCCAAGUUAGUGGAGAUACCGUUCAAGCCUGCCCGUGUUCUUCUGCAGGAUUUUACUGGCGUCCCAGCUAUUGUUGACCUUGCAAGCAUGCGUGAUGCUAUGGACCGACUGGGUGAUGAUCCCGGCAAGAUUGACCCCCUGAUUCCAGUGGACCUAGUAAUUGAUCAUUCGGUACAAGCUGAUGUGGUAAAAUCAGAGAAUGCUCUUCAAUCUAAUAUGCAGCGUGAAUUCGACAGGAACAAGGAGCGCUUUGCCUUCCUUCGGUGGGGCUCUAUGGCAUUCAAUAAUAUGCUUAUUGUUCCACCAGGUUCAGGAAUUGUUCACCAGGUGAAUCUUGAAUAUCUUGGGAGAGUUGUUUUCAACACCGAUGGUAUUUUAUAUCCUGACAGUGUGCUGGGGACGGAUUCUCACACGACCAUGAUUGAUGGAAUGGGAGUUGCCGGCUGGGGUGUUGGGGGGAUUGAAGCAGAGGCAACAAUGCUUGGUCAGCCAAUGAGCAUGGUCUUGCCUAGUGUAGUUGGAUUUAAACUGUCAGGGAAAUUGCGCGAUGGUGUUACUGCAACUGACCUAGUCUUGACGGUGACACAAAUUCUUAGGAAGCAUGGUGUUGUUGGCAAGUUUGUUGAGUUUCAUGGUGAGGGGAUGAGUGAGCUAGCAGUUGCUAACAGGGCAACAAUUGCUAACAUGUCACCAGAGUAUGGCGCAACAAUGGGCUUCUUCCCAGUUGAUCAUGUGACCCUUGAAUACUUGAAGCUGACAGGGAGAAGUGAUGAAAAGGUUGAGAUGGUGGAGGCAUAUCUUCGAGCUAACAACAUGUUUGUUGACUACAACGAGACUCAAACAGAAAGAGCUUACUCAUCUUAUCUUGAGUUAGACCUAGCAGAUGUUGAACCAUGCGUUUCAGGUCCGAAAAGACCUCAUGACCGUGUUGCUCUGAAAGAUAUGAAAGCAGAUUGGCAUGCCUGUCUCAGUAAUAAAGUUGGUUUUAAGGGCUUUGGUGUACCUAAAGAGCAACAGGAUAAAGUCGUGAAGUUCUCCUUCCAUGGAAAACCUGCAGAGAUUGGACAUGGUAGUGUUGUGAUUGCUGCCAUAACAAGUUGCACAAACACCUCGAAUCCAAGUGUCAUGCUUGGUGCUGGCCUUGUUGCAAAGAAGGCGUGUGAGCUUGGCCUUGAGGUUAAUCCAUGGAUUAAAACUAGUCUUGCUCCAGGAUCUGGGGCAGUGACCAAAUAUCUGCAGAAAAGUGGCUUGCAAAAGUAUUUGGAUAAUCUGGGUUUCAACUUAAUUGGAUAUGGCUGCACAACAUGCAUUGGUAACUCUGGGGAGCUUGAUGAAGAUGUUGCUAAGGCAAUUACUGACAAUGACAUCAUUGCUGCUGCAGUACUCUCUGGCAACAGGAACUUCGAAGGACGAAUUCAUGCAUUGGUUCGGGCCAAUUAUCUUGCCUCCCCUCCUCUGGUUGUGGCCUAUGCCCUUGCCGGCACUGUUGAUAUUGAUUUUGAGAAGGAGCCAAUUGGGAAAGGAAGAGAUGGAAAUGAUGUGUACUUCAAGGACAUAUGGCCAUCAAACGAAGAAAUUGCAGAGGUUGAGCAAUCGAGUGUGCUGCCUGACAUGUUUAGGAGCACCUAUGAAGCAAUCACGCAGGGCAACCCAAUGUGGAACCAGUUGUCCGUUCCAAAAGCAAAACGCUUCCCAUGGGACCCUAACUCCACCUAUAUUCAUGAUCCUCCAUUCUUCAAGGAUAUAACACCGACUCCACCAGGUCCACGCAGCGUAGAGAAUGCCUAUUGCCUGCUAAAGUUCGGUGACAGCAUCACAACUGACCACAUCUCACCAGCUGGGAGCAUCCCCAGGGACAGCCCUGCUGGCAAAUAUCUGCUUGAGCGUGGUGUGCAGCCAAAGGAUUUCAAUUCUUAUGGAAGCCGGCGGGGCAAUGACGAAGUGAUGGCACGAGGAACCUUUGCGAACAUCAGGAUUAUGAAUCGGCUGUUAAAUGGAGAAGUCGGACCAAAGACAGUUCAUGUUCCUACUGGAGAGAAGCUUUUCGUGUUCGAUGCUGCAAUGAGAUAUAAAGCUGAUGGAUAUCACACCAUAGUGCUGGCUGGAGAGGAAUAUGGCAGCGGGAGUUCUCGUGACUGGGCUGCCAAGGGACCUAUGUUACUGGGGGUGAAAGCGGUGAUCGCCAAGAGUUUCGAGACGAUCCACCGCAGCAACCUAGUGGGAAUGGGGGUGAUGCCACUGUGCUUCAAGCCUGGGGAGGAUGCUGAUUCUCUGGGGCUCACAGGUCACGAGCGCUUUACGAUAAGGCUCCCUAGCAAUGUAAGUGAGAUACAACCGGGGCAGGAUGUCGAAGUGGUCACUGACAGUGGGAAGUCCUUCACCUGCAAGCUCCGUAUUGAUACUCUGGUGGAGCUGGCCUACUUUGACCAUGGUGGAAUCCUUCACUAUGUGCUAAGGAACUUGGUGAAACAGCAGCAGCGGUAAACCUACAAAAUUCACGCAAAAUUGUAAAUAUCUGGUUUGUCUUCAGAAAGGAUAUUGUGGAAAUAAGAGGAGACUCAUCCAGUGUGUAAA